AUGGCAAAAGUUGAGCCCGUGGAGCGCUUUCGCAAAGUCAUUCGAAUGAUCCGCUUUUGCGUGGGAUUUUGCGGAAAUGAUGUGGCCGAUCCGAAUUUUCGCAUGUGGUGGCUCACCUACGCUGUGAUGGCAGCCAUUGCCUUCUUUUUUGCCUGCACAGGAUACACCAUCUACGUGGGAGUGGUCAUCAACGGAGACCUCACUGUAAUCCUGCAGGCAUUGGCCAUGGUCGGCUCGGCCAUUCAGGGACUUACUAAGCUCUUGGUAACCGCCAAUAAUGCUUGUCACAUGCGAGAAGUUCAGAACACCUACGAGGAAAUCUAUAGAGAAUACGGACCGAAGGGCGAAGCAUAUGCCAAAUGCUUGGAAAAGCGUAUUCGUAUUACGUGGACUCUAUUAAUCGGCUUCAUGCUCGUCUACAUUAUCCUUUUGGGCCUCAUAAUCACCUUUCCCAUCUUUUACUUGCUGAUUUUGCACCAGAAGGUGUUGGUCAUGCAGUUCCUUAUUCCAUUCCUCGAUCACACCACCGAUGGAGGUCACCUAAUCCUUACGGCUGCCCAUGUGGCUUUAAUUACAUUCGGUGGGUUUGGUAACUACGGUGGGGAUAUGUACCUGUUUCUCUUCGUUACCCAUGUGCCGUUGAUCAAGGACAUAUUCUGUGUGAAGCUGACGGAGUUUAACGAGUUGGUUUUAAAAAGGAAUGAUUUUCCUAAAGUGAGGGCAAUGCUUUGCGACCUGUUGGUCUGGCAUCAGCUUUAUACGAGCACGCUUCAAACCACGAAGAAGAUCUAUUCCAUAGUCUUGUUCGUGCAACUUUCCACAAGUUGCGUGGGUCUCCUCUGCACCAUUUCUUGCAUCUUCAUGAAGGCCUGGCCCGCAGCUCCUCUUUACCUUCUAUAUGCCGUCAUAACUCUCUACACCUUUUGCGGUCUGGGAACUUUAGUGGAGAACUCAAAUGAGGAUUUCCUAAGUGUGAUCUACACGAACUGUUUGUGGUACGAGCUGCCCGUAAAGGAGGAGAAACUUAUUAUCAUGAUGCUGGCCAAGGCUCAAAAUGAAGUUUGCCUUACUGCCGCCGAUAUGGCGCCUUUGUCAAUGAACACAGCUUUGCAGUUGACGAAAGGCAUUUAUAGUUUCAGCAUGAUGCUGAUGAACUACUUGAGCUAA